AUGUCGAUCAACUCGUCGCUCUCCAUAGACUCCCAGCACCAGGUCAACCCGCUCGCCCACCAGCCGUCUCCCCAUCCAGAUACCUCGCUGGUCCACACCUCGCUGGUCCACACCUCCCACACCCACACCACCACCCGCUCCAACACUAUCCCACGCCUCCAGCGCAGGGGCCUCCUCGCGUCGUGGGCGCUCUUGCCCGAGUACGAGGACGCUCGCGACUACCCCCAGUCCGCCAAGCACCUCAUCACCUUCAUCAUCGCCCUCGCAGCCGUCACCGGCCCCAUGGGCACCUCCAUCAUGUUGCCAGCCAUCGACGACAUCGUGCACACCCUCCACACCACCGACUCCAUGGUCAACGUGUCGGUAGGAGUGUAUCUCCUCUCGCUCGGAGUGUUUCCGUUGUGGUGGCUGGCGUUUAGCGAGAAAUGGGGCCGUCGCUCGGUGUACAUCAUCCUGUUUGGCUUCUUCUUCGCGUUCUCGUUCGGCACCACCUAUGCCCCCAACAUCCUGGCGUUGAUCGUGCUCCGGGUGCUCCAGGGCGGGUGUUCUGCCAGUGUGCAAGCGCUAGGCGCUGGCACCAUUUCCGACGUGUUUGCGGUGGAGGAGCGCGGUACCGCAAUGGGCUACUACUACCUAGGGCCGUUGUGUGGGCCGUUCCUCGCGCCCAUUCUUGGUGGGGUGCUAUCGCAGGUGUGGGGGUGGCGUGCCACCCAGUGGUUCUUGGUGAUCUUUUCUGGCGUCAACUUCGUGCUAAUUGUGUUUGCGCUUCCUGAGACAUUGCGUAAAAAUGAUAAUUUUGCAGCAAAUGCCCACAAGAAUGUUGAGCACAACGAGAAUUCCCAGAACAACGAUGAGAACUCCCACCACUCCCAUCUCCCUCUUUCUUCCGACCAGAUCGAACGUAUCGCCUCCCACUUGUCCCGCAUCUCCACCCGCCACUCCGUCUACGAAGACGCCCCCAUCGGCGACCCCGUCAUGCCCUCGCUCUCUAAGUACACCACCAACCGCUCGUCAUACUCCCGCAAGGUGUUCAACGAGUUGAUGGAAGAGGAGCUCAAAAAGUCCGCCAGCCAGUUGCCUCCAGACUCCCCCACCACCUGGCAGCGCUACCGCACCAACUGCUACGACUGCAUCGUCAGACCCAUCCAUUCGUUGAUCCUCCUCACCCACCCUCAGAUCGCCUUGGUGUGCUCUGCAUCCUCCAUCUGCUUCGCUGCCAUCUACUUCUUCAACAUGACCAUCUCCUACGAGUACGCACGCGAGCCCUACAAGUUCAGGGCCAUCAUCAUCGGUUUGUUGUACAUCCCCAACUCCGUCACCUACAUCAUUGCGUCCGUGAUUGGCGGCCGCUGGAACGAUCGCCUCUUGGCCAGGUACGCCCAGUCCCACAACAACCAACUAGAUCCCGAGGCCAGACUCUCGUGGAACAUCGUGGUGGCGUUUGUGUUGUACAUGCCUGCGUGCUUGAUUUUCGGGUGGACCCUCAAAUACGGCCAGUUUUGGUUGGUGCCCUUGAUCGGCACCGCCCUCUGCGGCUUUGCCUCCAUGUUGUUGAUUGGGGCCACUGUGACCUACUUGGUGGACUCUCUUCCCGGAAAAGGAGCCACUGGUGUUGCGUUGAACAACUUCCUCAGACAGAUCUUGGCUGCGGUGGCCACCUUCAUCGUGGAGCCGUUAUUGGCAUCGAUUGGUCCAGGAAUCUUGUUUUCCAUCAUCGCUGGCCUCAUUUUGGUAGCUGGCCUGGCCUUGAUAGUGGUCAAGCGGUACGGUACCUAUUUCAGAGAGCACAAUGACUUGGGAGCGUUGUACGAUAAACUAUAA